AUGUUGGAGAGGUUUCGACGAUACAGUGUGCGUGAAUUACAUUUGUACGUUGUUGAUGGAGAUCGAGAGGCCGUAGUUGGUCGAGAAUGGAUCUCGCAAUUAAACCAAGUUCGUGAGUUGCAAAAUAAAAUAGGUGAUAUCCGUGCAGUUAAACAAAUCGCGGAAUGUAAUAAUUCUAAAGUACGUUCAUUAUUAAAAGAUUUUCCUAAUAUCACGAUUCCGUCGGUAGAUAAAAUUUCUAAAAUUCAAGCACGAUUGAAUUUAAAACCGAAUGUCAACCCAGUUUUCUUAAAAGCUAGAACAGUACCAUUUCGAUUACGCGAGAAAGUAGAGAAUGAGCUAGAGAAAUUAGUCCAGCAGGGAAUUCUCGAAAAAGUAGAUUAUUCUGAUUGGGCAACGCCGAUUGUACCAGUUCUCAAAAAGAAUAAUGAAAUUAGAAUCUGCAGAGAUUAUAGCGUGUCGCUAAAUCCGAGAUUAAAUGUGGAUAUACAUCCCUUGCCAACACCGGAUGAGUUACUUACCCAGAUGGCGGGAGGCACAGUCUUUUCGAAAAUUGACUUGCUUCAGGCAUAUUUGCAAUUAGAGGUUCGACCACAGGACAGAGAAUUAAUCACUCUAAAUACUCAUAGGGGAUUGUAUAGGCCUACACGCCUUAUGUAUGGUGUUGCGUCAGCACCAGCAAUUUGGCAACGAACUAUCGAGAAUAUUUUAAAAGAUAUUCCGGGAGUCGCAGUAUUUCUAGAUGAUAUACGUGUGUCGGGUACAAACAUGCAAGAUCAUUUGGUUAAAUUACAACAAGUCUUUGAACGCUUACAUAAAUAUAAUAUCCGUAUUAACUUCUCGAAAAGCCAAUUUCUAAUGAAUGAAAUUCACUAUUGCGGGUAUGUUAUUGAUAAAAACGGGUUGAGAAAAGAAGCAGACAAGGUAGAAGCCAUUUCUAAAAUGCGCAGACCUUCGGAUAUUACCGAGUUGAGAAGUUUUCUCGGCAUGAUACACUACUAUGACCGGUUUAUUCCCAACCUAAGUUCAGUACUACAACCGUUAAAUAAUUUAUUAAAAAAGGGGACUAAAUUUCAUUGGUCGAAAGCCUGUGAAAGAAGUUUUCAGGCCGCAAAGAAGGUUUUCCAAAGUCCUAAAUGCUUGGUGCAUUUUGAUCCAAGGUUACCAAUAACCUUAGCGACUGAUGCCAGUCCGUAUGGCGUCGGCGCGGUAUUAUCGCAUGUAUAUCCGAACGGGUCAGAACGUGUGAUACAAUACGCUUCACAAACGUUGACUAGAACUCAACAAUCUUAUUCCCAAAUUGAUAAAGAAGCAUACGCGAUUAUUUACGGGAUAAAGAAAUUUCAUCAGUACUUGCAUGGGGCAAAAUUCACGUUGAUCACAGAUCACAGACCUUUAACUCAGAUUUUUUCUCCAACGAAAAGUUUACCGUACCAUACAGCGGCAAGGAUGCAACAUUAUGCAUUGUUCCUUCAGGGUUUCAACUACGAUAUUAAAUAUCGGAAAUCGGAACAACACGCGAACGCAGAUUGUUUAUCGCGAUUGCCAAUACCGCGAAAUCCAGAUCAAUUCGAAUGUGAAACAAUAGAUGUGUUCCAAAAUUCAACUGUUGAGACUUUGCCAGUCACAGCAGAACAGGACUGUCACGCUCGUCUAUAUAUGCCGCGAUCCCCCAACAAGACUCCAGGAAACUUCCCGAACUCCUAUUGGUGGGCCCCUAGGUCCGCCCAUCGAUCAUCGAUCAGCGGACCUCGGGGAAAACAAAGGGAGCGGAGAUUACGGAAGCCGCGCCCGAGCUCACCGUCGUCGUACAUGUUCGAACUCGUACCGCACGUUGCCUCAAUCUCUGGUAAACAAGAUUGCGCGGAUGCGUCGCCAGACGGUCGCCUGCGCCGUUGCGUGUGUUCUGUGCCGCUUAUUUUAUCGUUUUUUUUUGUGUAUGUACAUACGCGUAUCGUUUAUGUCGUGCACGACCUUUCUACGACGCAACAAGAAUUUACCUUAUUAAAUGGUGUGAUAUUCAGAAAUCACAGAGUCAUAAUUCCAUUUCAAUUGCGAAAGCAAAUUCUUAGAGAACUGCAUGAAGGUCAUUUCGGUAUAGUUCGUAUGAAGCAUUUAGCUAGAGAAUACGUAUGGUGGAACCAAAUCGAUAAGGAUAUCGAAGAAAUUUCUAAAAAUUGCGCGAAUUGCAAUAGGUUUAAAAACGAUCCACCAAAAAUCAGUCAUUUAUGGGAACAAGCAGAAGUACCAUUUGAAAGAAUUCAUGCUGAUUUUGCAGGACCAUUUCUAGGUCAUAAUUUCCUAAUUCUUGUAGAUGCUUACACUAAGUGGCCAUUAAUUCACAUUGUUAAAGAUAUUAAAUCUGAUACGACAAUUAAUAUUUGUAGGCAAGUUUUUGCAACAUAUGGUUUGCCUAGGUUUUUCGUUACAGAUAACGGAAGAAGCUUUGUUUCGGAAGAAUUUGAAAAAUUCUUAAAAGCAAAUGUAAUUACGCACAGGCUCACUGCACCGUAUCAUCCAGCGACGAACGGGCAACCAGAGCGUUACGUACAAACACUAAAGAAUAGUUUAAAGCAAAUGCAAAGUACACAUGCAACUGUACAGGCACAUUUACAAAAAUUGUUAACGCAAUAUCGUAAUACACCACAUGCAGGCACGGAAAAAACACCUGCUGUUUGA